AUGUAUAUCAAUAUCGUCUACAUCGAUAACGACCUCGCCGGUGGAAGACACCCGGUCGUUGGUGAGACCUACGAGCUAGUCCUGGCGGAUACCAUCAACACCAAGUAUCCCAUCCGCGGGGUCCAGCUCCAGAAAGAUGGUCGUCCCAGUGGAUGGGUGAGGGAGGUUGACAAGGGUACUGUGAAGGCGAUUCUAGACCGAGGCGGGCUUUGUUCCUGUGUCGUCACUUCAAGGAGAGAUUUCAUUUGGGACGACGACACGUGCUGCUGGGGAACCGCCCUCUUGGUUGUCCUAUUCGACCCCCAGAAGAAACUUGGAGUAAAAACCGAGGAUGACAUUAACGAGGAAGAUGCGAAAAUCAAGGUUGAAGAUGAUGAACAUGAAGGUCUCGGAGAUGAGGCUGGAGUUUUUUCGGCCAAGGAGGAGGAUAAGGACGGGGUGGUUGAGGGGGAGAAGUACAAAGAGCUCGAGGGGUCUGACACAGAGUAA